AUGCCUGCGAACGGCAGGGUCUGGCGCAUCGCCGCGCUCGCCGUAAUUGGCGGUGCCUUGUUUGGCUUCGACAUCACGUCCAUGUCCGCAAUCAUCUCGACACAGCCGUACCUGUGCCAGUUUAACCAGCGAGGAUUUGGCGAGGACGGGCUUUGCUUGGGCCCGUCGUCGACAUUGCAAGGCCUCAUCGUGGCCAUCAUGCCGCUCGGCUCCCUGUUCGGCGCGCUGCUCUCGGGCUGGCUUUCGGACAGAUUCGGCCGCAAGAAGUCGGUCAUGGGUGGCUCUCUCAUUUGGAUUGUCGGCUCCAUCCUGGUCUGCGCUGCCGUCAACAGCGCCAUGCUUAUGGUUGGUCGCUUCGUCAACGGCCUCUCGGUCGGCAUCUGCUCCGCCCAGGUCCCCGUCUACAUCACCGAGGUCUCUCCGCCGACCAUGCGCGGUACGCUUGUCAGCCUCCAGCAAUGGGCCAUCACCUGGGGCAUCUUGAUCAUGUACUUCAUCUGCUACGGCUGCUCCUUCAUCCAGGGCACUGCGUCUUUCCGCGUCCCCUGGGGUCUGCAGAUGCUCCCCGCCGCCUGCUUGUUCGGCGGACUCUGGCGCGAGCCUGAGUCUCCCCGUUGGUUGUUCAAGAAGGACCGCCAGGAUGAGGCUAAGCACGUCUUGGCCAUGCUCCACGGCCACGGCAACCCCAGUGCACCCUUUGUCCAACGGGAGUUCCAGGAGAUCCAGAAAGCCGUCGAAGAGGAGCGCCAGUAUGCGAACGUUAGCUGGCUCGAAUUGUUCGCCCCCGGCAUGAUCAACCGCACCUCGAUUGGCGUCUUUACUCAGAUCUGGUCGCAGCUCACAGGCAUGAAUGUCAUGAUGUACUACAUUACCUACGUCUUCACCAUGGCGGGGCUAUCACAACCUGGUAGCAAUGCCGUCCUGCUUCCCAGCGGUAUUCAAUUUGUGAUCAACGUGGUCAUGACUGUGCCUGCCCUCUUGUGGCUGGACCGCUGGGGCCGCCGCCGGACCCUCCUCGCGGGAGCCGCCCUGAUGUGUCUCUGGCUCACCAUCAAUGCCAUCCUCUUCGCCCUCUACUCGCGCACUCCGGAACCCGGCGAGUUCACAUCGGCCUCUGAGUCCAUGGCCGUGUCCGGACCGCCUGCCAAGGCCAUUGUGGCGUCGACCUUCCUGUUUGUUGCCUCGUUCGCGCCGACCUGGGGUCCCGUGUCGUGGACCUAUCCUCCGGAGCUCUAUCCCCUUCGCCUCCGCGGCAAGGCCGUUGCCCUUGCAACUUCGGCAAAUUGGGCCUUCAACUUUGCCCUUGCCUAUUUCGUCCCUGUGGCUUUCGAGACAAUCACCUGGAAAGUCUACGUUAUCUUUGCAGUCUUCUGUGCCUGCAUGUUUCUCCAUGUCUUCUUCGCUUUCCCCGAAACGGCCAACAAGACGCUCGAGGAGGUGGAGGAAAUCUUUGACGACACGAAGCCCGGCGCGAUCAAGUUCAUCGGCACACCGGCUUGGAAGACGAAGAACAAUCGCGCCGUCAUGAUCCGCCGGGAGCACGCCGACGAGGAGUCGGGAAUUGCGGUCGUGGAGGUCGAGUCCGGAAUCACUAUCGGUACGCUUGUGGACGUCCAUCCUCAAAAGUCAUCCAAUGAGUCAGCGCAUUGAGAUUGACAGCCUUCUACCUCCCCUCGCCGCGACAACUCUAGGGAAGCAGCACAGCAUUUGGGUAUUUUCUACACGUUGGCUGGAGGAAUUCUGUCAUCCGGCUGCUUGGUUUGGACAAAAUUCUUGUUGGCAGUGCCAAAACUAUAAAGCACGCCUAUGGAGCAUUGGGGUAUUCUGAAUAGUUAUUCCUCCCUAUUAAAACCAUAAUGACUUACGAC